UCCAUCCUACUUCUAGAGGUUUGCGCUCCCUGAUGGCAAAAAUUGACAGGAGUGGAGCAACUCUCUUCCCCUUGGAUGGGACACACAUGACGUGAUGUCAAGUUCAGCCCAAGGGAUUUGUUCAGGGGUCAGCUUCUGUUGCUGCUCAGGAUGGAAGGGUACGGCAUUUGUUUCCUUGGACCGCCAUAACGAAGUACCAGAGAUGGGUGGCUUAAACCACAGAAAUUUGUUGUCUUACGGUUCUGCAGACCAAAUGUCCAAUAUUAAGGUGCAAGCCUGGCUCUGGCCCCCUUCUCUCCAGCAGCAUUCCCCCCACUUUCAGGCCGGAGCUCAUCACGUGGGGAUCUUGUUACAAUGCAGCUUGUGGUGCAGAGGGUCCAAGGUGGGCCCAGGCAUCGUUCGUGCCUUCAGCCGCGAGGGCCUGUGGGAGGACGGAAGCCCCGUUGGAGAUGCCGCCAAGGAAAGUGAUAUAAAGAAAACGACAGCUCCUUCCUUUUAUCACCCUGGAGUUGAAAUUUUCAGGCUACCACUUCAAAGGAAGAAUGUUCCAGAGCCUAAAGCCCACCACAUCUGGAUGAAACCCUCAUGCCAAGCCCGAAGCCUCCAGUCUAAUGACAGCGCCCGUCAGGAUUCCUGCCUUGAGACUCCGUGGACCGCCUGUGGCAAGGCCCGUGCAGGUAGCAGACGGAGGCCGUGGUAUCCUCAGAUUAAUAAUAGAAGACAUGUCUCAGGAGAAGUAGGAUAUAAUGAACAUGCAGAUCCCUGCUACUCCAAGCAUGGUCUGUGGACAAGCGGCUUCGUAAUCACCUGGGAACUUGAUGGACAGUACGGAGCCCUACCUCGUACAGACUUGACCCAGAAUUUGAAAGGGAUCUCAGCAGAGACUGCAUAUUUAGCAGACUUAAACUUGUCCCGGUUCUACCCAGAGCCCACCUUCCAGAAAAAAAUGGAGUUUCUGGCCUGCAUUUGUCGAGUUUCGCCUUCGUCUCCUUGUCCCAGUAGCUGCAAUCGUUUUCCUAGGGUGCACAAGAUUUUCCUACCAAACCCAAUCCAGGAAGACAGCAGACUCACAAGUCCUCAGAGUAGAUGUCUUCGUCAAGGCAAGAAGGCAAGGGCCUCAUUUCCGCAGGAAUCCAGAUGUGGAACUCUUACUGUCUGAUUGCUGAGAAGGGGGAGCAGAUCCUGGACCGUGUGUCCUUGAGAAACACAAUGCCGUGUCCAGAAAUGCUCACCAAUUUAAGUCUUAGAAGGAGAGAAUCUGAUUGGCCGCUGGAUGAUGGCAAAUGGAUUCCCCUUUGUCAUGCUUGUUCAAUCAACUGUGAGAGAAGAGAAGCUGAGAUUCUUGUGGACAGUGGCAAGGUCUUUUGUCUUAUGCAUCUCCAGUGUGAGCAAGGACCUAGCACAUCACUGAUGAUUCUCUACUGAUGUGAUUAGAUAGAUGAAUGGUGAACUAAGUACUCCACAGUGGGACCGCGACUGGCUUUUCAAGCUAGGGCCAGAUUAUAUCAAACAUUAAACAAACACUUAACAAAUAUUCACUGAAGUUUUCGAAUGAAAAAUUCCACCAGCAAAAUUGCAUCCUGAGUGGAUCAAGAAUUUCUAAACUGGGUUAAUCAUGAGGUCCUCUCUUGGUUCUAGAAAAUUGUUUUUACUACUUGAGUAGAAUUCAGUUUCCUGGAACCAGGGAAAAGAAACAUGAGCUUCUGAUCAGGUGAAGGACUGCCUUUUACCCAGCCUCUAUUAUUCCUUCCCUUUCCAGGUACUUCCAGUAAGAGUCAACGAAGGUCAUGAUGCUAUGGUUGUGAUGAGAGGAAGUAGUGUAGUGUCGUGAAGUGCUGUUUAGUUGACUAAAGUCAGGCCAUUCAUUUGAUGGUGGGUAGUUGAGUGUCUUUUAGAGUUAUCACGAGAAUACAAUAAGGUAAUAUGUGUGAUAUACUUGGAAAAUUGUAUGGAAGAUUGUGAAUGUUCAAUACUGCCAGUUAUUAGUAGCACAGUAGCAAUUAAUUACCUACUCUGUAAAAUUCUAAGAUGGGUAUGGUGUAGGCUGAGGCUGUAAUGGUGCAUGUAUACAAUAUUCACACAAUCAGGAGGGCCCUAAAAUUCUGAGAUCUUCUGGUCUUGACCUUUACCUAGGGCAGGAUUUGUGACUGAUUUCGUUUAUUUGAAGAUAUCCAUAGGCCAGUUGCUAGUCUGGUUCUAUGCUACAGAGAAGCUAGCUUCUGCCUGUCCCUCUCAAAAGAAAAAAAAAAUGUUAAGAUCAGAUGAGAUGGUGUCUAUUAAAUGUUUGGUUAACAGUGGGGUGCUGUACAGUCCUGCUGAGUGGAUGUGGGCACUGUCCAGCUCUGUGGCCUGAAUGAAGGAGGCUGUCACUGUCUGUAGCAGUGAUCUUUGCACUUUCCAAAGUCUGCUUUCCCUUUUAGGCUGUUUGAUUAAUUGCUGUUUCCUGCAUAGUAGAGCCUGGUCUCUGAUUUCACUUGUAGAACAAAAAUGACUGGUGUCUUUUGAGCCCAAUGAAUGGUUACAUCUUCCAGCCUUGAGUCAUUCAUGUUCCCUCCAGCUCAAGUAGUCUCAUGUGAUGCUUAAGUAGCUUCAGUAACUUUCCUAAAGUCUUUUAGUUAGUAAAUGAUGAAAACCAUACAGCACACUAUCCCUACCUCACCACACCCCCAACAAAGAAAGAAAAAGGAAAGUCUAUUAUAAGUGAAGAUGUUUUACUUACAUAUCAAAGCCUUCUAGACUCUGAUUCUGGAAAGUUAAGUCUAUCUGUGUUUGAAAAUAGAGUCUUAUAUGCGGUGUCUUCAGAUAGAAUGAUCACCAACUCCAUACAUAAAGGGAAAUCAGCGUUGGCCUGUGUUACUUGAAAAACUGAAGAAAAGGGGGUUUGGAACUUGGAUUAUUCAGCUACAACUCAAAAUACUAGAUCAGUGGUACAGCAUGAGAAACAUCCAGUCAACACAGAUACUGUGUGUGAAUGUCUUGCACACGCUUUGCAUGGCAUUCCAGCUGAAUACCAACGUGGAUGUCAGUUCUAAUACUUUUUCAUAUAAAUCUUCUUUUUCCAACACCUUUCAUAGCCGACCCCAUCGCAGAAGCUGCCGUGGAGAGGGACCCAUGUCAGGGUUUGAGGAACUCCAUCCCACCAGCAACUGCUCGAGUGAGCUUGGAAGCAGAUCCUCCCCCAGACAAGCCUUCAGGUGGGACCACACAGCCAGCCAGCCACACCUUGAUUUCAGCCUUGUACGACUCUGAACCAGAGAUGCCCUGCUCAGCAAUGCCUGAAUCCUUAACCCACAGAGACUGGGAGAUCCUAAGUGCUUUCUGUUGUAAGCUGCUACAUUUUGGAGUCAUUUGUUAUUCAGCAAUUGAUAAGUAAUGUAAUAGGUGGUGAGAUUUCUUGAACAUUUGUUAGCCCUUUCUAUUUGGUUUGUGUGGACAGGCAGUAGGACAGACACCUGACUUCUGUUGUUAUAGAGAAAUCGAUCAAUGAAAACUGGUUAAGUAAACAAAAUGGGCAAAGUGGAGGUUAGAGCUUCUUGGUGAGACACACGCACACACACCUCUUGAUUUGCGUUGUGUCACCCUUUUAUAAGUCAUUCCAAAGGGACAGAAUAUAAUUUUAGAGAUGCAAAAAUAUUAGUGUGAUCCAUGGAAACGUAAGUAUCUCAUGGCAGAGAUGAGUAUCAGAGACAGAGAAGAGGAGGCGGCAAGUACUUACAGGAGGGAAGGCCCUUCUGCUCAGUCCCAUGGGGUUUCUGUUACCAUGUGGAUUUUCAUUGCAUUUUCUUGCAUUAUUUCAGUUUAUUGGAUUCAUUCUCCCUUUUGCUUUAUUUUAUUUGGGACUAAAAAUUGACAAAGUUAUGGCAAAAAUCGAGGACUACUUUGAAAGUGUAAGAAGAUGAGUAUAUAAUCAAAAAUGAAAACACAAAGGCACUUACAGUCUUCAUUGUCCAUCAAUCUUAUUUGGUCUAUUUAUAGAGAAAAGUAGUUUGAAUGCAUAAAAAUCAUGAAAAUGAUUCCCACCUUUAAAACCCUGCAGGGCUAACAAAGCAGGAGCCGAGGAAGAGUUACCCAAGGAGGUGGAGGGUUUACUCACAAUAACAUGGUGAACCAGAGCUUUAAAAAUGCAUGUCAUGUCUGUAUAUAGCAGUCCAAUUUUC